AUGCCUCAGACCUACCUCAUCACCGGCGCGGGCACAGGCUUCGGCGCCCUCGCCGCCCGCGCCCUUGCCUCCUCCCCCGCCAAACCCACCGUCUUCGCCGGCAUGUACUCCCACGACUCCAACACCGCCCCCUUCGAAGCCGACCUCGCCACCUUCAACACCCAAAACAGCACCGACAUCCGUCCCAUCCCCUUAGACCUCCUCUCCCAAUCAAGCUGUAACGCCGCUGUCUCCACCAUCCUCUCCACCACCUCCGGCCGCUUGGACGCAGUCGUCCACAACGCCGGCCACAUGAACUACGGCUUCGCCGAAUCCUUCACCGCAGAGCAAUACCUCCGUCUCUACGACGUCAACGUCGUCGGCGCGCAUCGUCUCAAUCAAGCUGUUCUCCCGCAUUUCCGCACCCAGCGGCAGGGGCAUUUGAUUUGGAUCGGGAGUAGCAGCGUUUAUGGCGGGAAGUCCCCGAUGCUGGGAGCGUAUUUCGCGGCGAAAGCUGCGAUGGACUCGUUGGCGCAGACGUACGCGCGAGAGCUGAAUCCGUGGGGGAUUGAGAGCACGAUCGUCUCGCCGGGGGUGUUUACGAAGGGGACGAACCAUUUUGCUGAUGCGAUGAAGCCGGGCUUGGAAGGGGUGGCGAGGGAGUAUGAGGACGGACCGACGAAGGGGGUGGGGGAGCAGACUAUGGAGGGCACGGCGGGGGUGGUGCCGGAGGACGCGGAUCCGGUGAUGGUGGCGGAGGCGCUUGUGAGGUUGAGCGAGGUGCCGAGGGGGGAGAAGCCGUAUAGGAUUAAUGUGGACCCGGGGCAGGAUGGGUCGGAGGAGGGGGCGAGGGUGGUGGACAGGAAUGGGGAUGAGUUCUAUCGGAGGUUGGGGUUGGAGGGGUUGCUGAAGGUUAAGAUGUGA